AUAUUGAAUCUCUAGUGAACGUCGCAUAUGAUUAUCAGAUGAGAGGAUGUCAUCCGAUUCAAUGAUUGUAUUGCAAGUAUCAGUCACUCAACAAAUUGAUGAAAUGAACAAUCAAUCCAACAAUUCGUUUGCAUUUUCCGAUGAAAACGAUCAACAGUUUUAUGGCUUAGAGUUGACCCGAUUUUCAGAGUUUUAUCGACCAAUUCAUGGUUACCUUAGUUUAGCUGUUUGUGUGUUUGGUAUUAUAGCCAAUGUGCUCAACAUAAUUGUCUUAACGAGGAAAAACAUGUUGUCGGCGACGAACUGCAUAUUGACAGCAAUGGCCGUAUCGGACGUCUGUGUAAUCGCGUCAUACAUUCCGUUCGCAAUCCAUAACUUUAUUCGCACCGAAACAGAGGUCGAAGUGUUUUACGCAUACGGGUGGGCCCUCUUCACCCUCUUUCACGCCCACUUCACUGUCGUUUGUCACACCAUUUCAAUAUGGCUUACAGUAAUUCUCGCCUUUUGGAGAUAUCUCGCCAUAAGAUCUCCAACAAGUAGUAAGACGUGGUGCUCAAUGAGUCGGGCAAAGUAUGCCAUACUCUGCGCCUAUCUAUUUGUUCCCAUUUCUUGUUUACCACUAUUUCUGUCAUUUACUAUCAGUGACUUUGCUCUCGAAGACAAACCAAAUCAGACAUUCUUUAAAGUGGAUUUCAGCUCAAUUGCCGUACAAAACAAUGAAUUGUUACAAAAGCUAAACUUUUGGGUGUUUAGUGUACUCUUAAAAUUAAUUCCCUGUGUUUUGCUAACAAUACUUAGUUUAGCACUAAUAAGAGUCUUAGUGGAGGCAAACAAACGAAAACAGAGACUCUUGUCAUCCAAUAUUGCGCUAAAAAAUAACUCAAAUUUAAACACAAACUCAUUGGUGACGACCAGUAAUACGUCUCCGAAGAAUAGUUGCGAGAAAACUGUCGGCCGUAACGCCAGUCAACAAACCAGCGAUCGGACGACCAAAAUGUUGGUCGCAAUACUUAUCAUGUUUUUGGUUUGUGAGUUCCCCUCCGGUAUAUUAGCCCUAUUGAGUGGCAUAUUUGGUAAAGUAUUCUUCAACAAUGUGUACAACAAAUUUGGUGAUCUCAUGGAUAUGUUAGCAUUAAUCAACUCAGCCGUCAAUUUUGUCCUCUACUGUCUUAUGUCACAACAGUUUCGUAAAACAUUUACUAAAUUAUUUUGUAUGAAAAAUGAAAUUGAAAUUAACAGACACUCCUAUCAUUUGGCACAGUCUGUCAAUACUAAUACAUGUAAUACAGCUUGUGUUUAGACAGUC